AUGCGAUACGCAAAUGCGAGUUCUUCCUCAUCAGAAGAUCGUCCAAGUGAAGGUUCUUUCAGUGGUCUUUACUUAUACCACAUACCAACUAAUACAUGGCAGCUAAAAAGACCUGAUCAUAGUGCUAACCACCAUCAUUUACAUGUACAUGGUUUGAAACGCAAUACCAAGGAUAUCAAGUCUAGAACAGGACAUUCUAUGCUCUUCCAACCUGAAUCUAGAAAACUUUUCAUCUUUGCUGGUCAGAGGGCCAAGGACUAUCUCAGUGAUUUCUUCACCUAUAAUAUAGAUACAGAGGAAAUAGAAAUGAUAUCUAAGGAUGGAAACUUGGGACAUCCAAGUGGAGUGCCUGUAGCUGGUUUCACCCAAAGGGCAACCAUAGACCCUGAACUGGAGGAAAUUCAUGUUUUAUCUGGUCUGAGUAAAGACAAAGAUAAAGAAGACACUAUGAAGAAUUCAUUUUGGAUAUAUUAUAUCAAACAGGAAAGAUGGUCUUGUGUUUAUAAGAAUGAGAACAAUGACCAACAGUACUGGAAACAACAACAACAUGUAGAGCCUUGUCCGAGGUAUGCACAUCAACUUGUUUACGAUCAUGUUCACAAGAGGCAUUAUUUGUUUGGUGGUAACCCAGGCAACCAUAACAGACAGCGCCCUCGCUUGGAUGACUUCUGGUCAUUAGAGCUCUGUAGACCCAGCAAAGAAGAGUUAGUACGACGAUGUAAGUACCUGAUCCGACGACAUAACUUCCAGGAGACAGCCAUGGUGAAUCCUAUGAUGGCUCUCUCCUAUCUUCAGAGAGAUCUGGCUGAGAUGGUCAAUCAUUCUGAUCCUGAAGAAACCAAAGAGUUCCAGCUUCUUGCAUCAAGGCUUUUCAGUCCUGGAUUAGAAGUUCCAGAGCACCUUCUAAUGGGUCAAUGUACUGAAGAUGCACCCCCUUUUUAUGCUAGUAGAACACAGCUCUAUGAUACCUUAGUGAGCUUCUUUCCUCUGAACAUCUCACAACCUCGGGACAACCUUAUUGACUGUAUACUCUGAUCUGCUCUUUGCCAUAUAACCUUUGACCUAGGAUAAUGAUUACUUCAUCAGUUAUUUGACCUUUGAUUCAGUUCUUGAAAUUGACUUGAUCCUGUAGAUGAUUAUACAGUAAUUGAAAAUACGUUCUUACAAAAUGCUGAAAUUUUGGAGGAACAUACUAAACUCAUAUUAUUGGUUGAAUAAUAUGAGUUUUGUUAAGAUGAUUAAUACCUGCAAAGUGUGUCCUAGAAUGCGAAGGGUGUAUUCUUCUGAUAUUAAACUUAUAUUUUCAUUGCAAAUGUCAGUUGCAUUUAUUGUCAAUUCUGUUGUUUUUAGACAAUGAGAAAAUGACUCACAUAGACAAGCAAGUAAACAAGCAUUCACAUUAUAACCAUAUUUUCUCAUGAUAAAAGUUAUAAUAAAAUACUAUAGGGGAAGGCGGGGUAAGUUGUGACACUUUUUGCAUUUUGCAUGUUAGAAUUGGUAUGACUAAUAAUAUUGUGAGAAAUAAGUACCUAGCCUUUAGAUUUGAUUCUUGGGAAAUAUUUUUCACCUAUAUAUAUAUAACUUUCUACCCCCACACUGAAAGUCAUUGUGACCUUUGAAAAAAAUGAUGUCAAAUGGUUCAACUUGCCCCAUCUGUGGGGUAAAUUGUGCCACCUUCUGGGGGUAAGUUGAGCCACAAAAACUAUGUACAAAAUGUAUGUGGGAAGAACCAGCAUGUCAAUUUUUCAUUCAAAGUCUUUUCACUUGCUAAUUCUCUAUAAAUACUAACAACCUCUAAACGUAAAAGAACUGUCAUGUGAAUUUGCUCCUUUCUGCCUGCAAAUCAAUGGCUUUUUAAGGUUUGCUUCUUUUUUAUUAUACAUUACCAUAAGAAUUACUAUGGCCCAACUUGCCCCAUGUUGGCUGGCUCAAAUUACCCCAGUUCGAACUUAAUGCGAUAUUUUCAAAUCCACACAUUUCUUAUGCAUCCAUCAUGUAAAAGACUAUGACAAGAAUGAGAAUCCAUACCUGGACAACAAUAUUGUUCUUAUUUCUUUAUUAUAUUUAAGACGUGUGCGGGUAAAAAGCACUUAUCUAUUUCACACCCUUUUUUACUUUUUUGGCUGAAAUUUGCAUUUUUCCCUCUAAAAAAAUACUUUUUGUUUCAAAGUUGAAAACAAUGUGGUGGGGUUAAGGGUUAUUUAAUGGGUCAUCAAUACAUGACACCACCACAAUGGCUGACUCAUUCAUUAUUGGCCUGGGGGUGGUGGCUCAACUUGCCCCUAUGCUCAAUUUACCCCGCCUUCCCCUACAUUUUGGACUUUGCCAGAAUUUUUCUUGCGUGUCAACAUGUAGCUGCAGUAUUGAAAGUCUUCUGUACAUUCAACAAGACUUUUUUUUAUAUCAUUAGACUGACUUUGGAUUUACAAUUCAAACUUUUGGCCCAGGAGUGAAACAUAGUAAAAUGAUACAUGCCAAGUGUGGUAUAUUUAUUUAUAGGGAAGUUUCAGGGCCAUUACUAAUUAAAGAACAUCCAAAUUGAUAUCAUUUGCUUGAAAUUGUAUAUUUGUUAUUCGAGGUAUGUUGGAAACACAUUUUAAUUUGAUCAAUAACGAUGUUCAUUGAUUUUCUAAAAAUAAAAAUGUUUUUUUCAUCUUAGUAUAUUGUUUUUUUGUAAAAGUGUAAGUACCCUUGCAGCAUUACAACAAAAAUUUGUGUAUGCAUCUGAUUUGUUUAUAUUUCUAACCUUGCCAAUUUAUAGCUGUUCUGUUCACUAAAGAGCAAUGAGAAUGCAUCAGAAGAGACUUAUUUCAGGAGAGUUGUUGCACAAUAAAUAUUUUGUGUGUUCAUUUGUGUAAUAUUGAACUUUUCUUAAAUGGGUUAGUAUUAUUAAAGAAGUAUAUGGAAGUAAACAGCAGAUUUGCUAAUAAUUACAUUUAGAUGCCAGUAAAUAUGAAUAUGAAUUUUUGCACCUGUUGUAGAUGAAGGUGCAAUAUAUGGACUAUGGUUCAAGGGGGAUAUUCUUCUCUUUUGAUGAAAUAGAAAGUGUUUUGGUUUUGUUUUUCAGGCGUGUUUUUGAAACACAAGAGUAUGUCUAAUUUUAAUAAGUCGUUUUAAAGGUCACGUCAAAAAUACAAAAGAAGUAGUGAGUGGAUGCCGUCAUCAGUCCACUCAUUUGCAUACCAAGGAUGUGCUCAUAAUUGUUUUGAAAAAUUAAGCAAAACUUAAAGAUGUUCUUUUUUACAUCCAAUUUUGAUGAAAUUUUCAGUGUUGUGCUUGUUUGAUUUUUCUCUUUUUUGUGAAUCAAGUUUUUACUUGCCCUUUAAACUUCAGUAAACCUAAAGUCAUUUAUGAUCUGAUCAAUCUGUAUUUGCAACUUGUCCAAGAAUUUGAACAUUAGUGAUGUGUUUUUGCCAGAAUUACUCCAGGUGGGUGUUUCAUAAAGCUGUUCGUAAGUUAAGAGCGACUUUAAGAACUACUGGUGAACCUUUCUUACGUGCUAAAUACUCACCAAAUGGUGAAUAUCAAUUACCACAAAAAAUGAUCACCAGUCAUUCUUAAAGUCACUCUUAACUUACAAACAGCUUUAUGAAAUGGCCCCCAGGUUUGAUGGAAAAACAAUUUCUCCCAAAAUUGUGAAAAAUGUAAAGUGCUAAAGACUCCCCCAGUAAAAUAUGGUUUCCACCCCUAAAUAUAUUAGGAUGAUGUGCAUAGGGUUUGACGGUUUGUAAUCUUGUCUCCAUACUAUCUUACUUUCAUUAAGUUAUGUUACCAUUCAUAUACUUUAUAAAUUCUUUUGUGCAAGGAUUCAAAGAUCGCCUUCUUCACUAGACAGUGAUCACAUUCAAAUGAUUCAUGUUCAAAUAUUUGAGGUUCAUCAUUUGUUUUACACGUUAUUUCAUCCAACAAUACCGGUAAUAUUUUUUUCAAGUAACAUUAUUAAAGAAAUUAUUGCUAUUUUCUAGGUUUUUUGUCUCGCCUGCAUAGCAGAGCGAGACUAUAGGCGUCGCUUUUCCAACGGCGGCGGCGUCAACAUCAAAUCUUAACCUAAGGUUAAGUUUUUGAAAUGACAUCAUAACUUAGAAAGUAUAUGGACCUAGUUCAUGAAACUUGGACAUUAGGUUAAUCAAGUAUUACUGAACAUCCUGCCUGAGUUUCAGGUCACAUGACCAAGGUCAAAGGUCAUUUCGGGUCAAUGAACUUAGACCAUGUUGGGAAAAUUAUUUUCAAAAUCUUAACCGAAGGUUAAGUUUUUGAAAUGACAUCAUAACUUAGAAAGUUUAUGGACCUAGUUCAUGAAACUUGGGCAUAAGGUUAAUCAAGUAUUAGUGAACAUCCUGCUCGAGUUUCAGGUCACGUGACCAAGGUCAAAGGUCAUUUUAAUAGGGUCAAUGAACUUUGGUCAAGUUGGGGGUAUUUGUUGAAUUACUAUCAUAACUCUUAAUUCAUGGAUCUAGUUCAUAAAACUUGGACAUUAGGUUAAUCAAGUACCACUGAAUAUCCUGUGCGAGUUUCAGGUCACAUGACCAUGGUCAAUGGUCAUUUAAGGUCAAUGAACUUUGGCCGUGUUGGGGGUAUUUGUUAAAUUACCAUCCUAACUCUUAAAGUUCAUGGAUCUAGUUCAUAAAACUUGGACAUAAGAGUAAUCAAGUAUCACUGAACAUCCUGUACGAGUUUCAGGUCACAUGACCAUGGUCAAAGGUCAUUUAAGGUCAAUGAACUUUGGCCGUGUUGGGGGUAUUUGUUGAAUUACCAUCCUAACUCUGAAAGUUUAUGGAUCUAGUUCAUAAAACUUGGGAUAUAAGAGUAAUCAAGCAUCACUGAACAUCCCCUGUGAGUUUCAGGUCACAAAACCAAGUCAAAGGUCAGUUAAGGUCAAUAAACUUAGGCCAUGUUGGGGUAAUUGUUGAAGUGCCAUCAUAACUUUGAAAGUUUAUGGAUAGAGUGAAUGAAAUGUGGACAUGGGUGUAGUUGACAGUCUUCAGUCUCCGUUCAAAUGUCAUUUAUGGUCAAUGAACGUGGUAUUAUGUCAUUAUAUGAAUGAUGUUUUUGUGAAUGAUUAUUUUAUAGUAGUUUUCAAAGUUAGCACUGCUGCUAUAUGAAAUUGCGUAAUGCAGGCGAGACUGCCAGAGGCGUUUCACUUGUUUGGAGUAAGGUCAACUUAUUAUGGCAAAAGUUCAUGCUUUCCCAAAAUAUACUGUCAGUGUAAUACAUUUCUCGCGAAUACAUAUUUCAAUGCAUUGUCAUUUUCCAUGAGUGAUGAGUUGAGGAAUGACUGCGUGAUAAUGAGGCAUUUAUUAUUGUUUAACUUGCGAAGGGAGAUUUGGAAAAGAACAUUAUUGCUCUUUGAAGAUCUUGGCUGGUUUUCAAUUCAAAACUUGGAUAAAGUAAAAUAUUUGACCAAGUACUUUGCUCAAGUAAGAAAUUGGAUAGUGUCCAAUACUUAGCAUUUCACGUAGUAAGCCAAAAAUGAAAGCCAAAAUCGUUGUUGCCAAACGAACUGCAACUAUAAUGAUGCACCAACAGCGCUACUUUACAAUUCUGCACAGCUCAGGAUGACUGCAUACAUUACGGUAACCUGCCAAUUACAUAACAAAAUUAUUUGGUUUGUCUCCUUGAGAGUUGACUGAAAUAUAAGGCAAGACACUUGGCCAAAUUUAUGCAUUGAAUACCAAGAAGUAUUUUAUCCAAGUAAGUAUUUAAAAUACUGGCCCUGUAUGGCCCAUAUUCAUACAGCCCAAAUCUAGUUAUGAUUAAAUUGUGUACUUGAUAAUAAGUAGACUUUUUCGGUUUUCAUGAAUAAGGGCAGAUUCUCACUCGAGCAAAAAAUAUACAUGUAUAGUCCACCUUUGUGAGACCUUCCUGUAAUGGUUUGUCUCAGACUUUUGGUUCACAUGAAAAGUUGUUAUUUUAUGAUAAAUAAUCAUGGCAUGAGCAGUUAAGUGAAAUAAAAAUUGAAAAAAUGGGGUUGAAUAUUUCAUGGGCUUGUCCUCCAUAAAAGUGAUUUAAAAAUAAGUAUUUCAUAAUGAGUAUCAGACUUGUUAGAAGUUAACAUUUUGGUUGAAUUGAUAUUUAUCCGGAAGAUGACUUAGCCAUCUGUGAGUAAUACAUCAGAGGGAGACACCAUUGCCCAUAUUGUAAUUUGUUGCUGCAUUUCAAUCAACAAAGAAUACAUGUAAUUGAACUAUUUUUGUUAUAAUAGAUGUAGAUCAUAAUACAUAGAUAGUUGUGAAAGGGGUGGGGAUUUGGUUUACAUUAUGCACAAAUAUGUUAUAUUUCAUGUAGGUGAGUAUAAGAGAUUUGCUCCCCCAAAAACCUUGGAUUGUUAUUCUUCACAAUAUGUCAUGACUGACUGGUUAUCAAACAUGUGGAAUUAUUGUGAAAAUAUGGAUAUUUACAGGUAGAAGUUAUGAAUAAACAGAGCAGUACUGAUAUUUUAUCAAAGA